AACUUUUUAAAUACAUGGGCGUGGAUGAAGGACCACAGACGGGGGGAGUGUCUCGUUUUAUAAAACCAUGAAGGUCUGCAGAUGUGCUGAGGAACAACUUGCCUCUCCAUCACUCUACUUCCGCAUCAAACAUGCUUUUAACGCUCAACAUGUCCUGCUGAGCGCAACACUAAAGUAAAUGCUAUUUGCAUCGGUUUGCAUGUUUCAACAUUAACCUAACAGAAACAUCUGAGUGGGACGCAGCAGCAGACUGCAGAGAUCAUAUGGAAGGGAAACUGGACAUGGAUGAUGUUUCUCCAACCCGUCAUGAGCAUCAGCGGGGUUCGUGGAAGUCCUUCCACGGCAGACCCAAACUCACUUGCAGUCCCAAACUGGACAAAAAAGACAGAAAGCAAGAAAGUGGCUUUUGGAUAUUUAAAAAGAAACGACCAAAUGGUUUGGACCGAGCGUUGUCUUCGUCUCAACCCAAUCUGCACAGUGUGGCAGCCGCUUCGGAUGGUGGUGAGAGCGGGAGGAUGCGCCGCGUCAUGCCGGAGCAGAGUGUCGGUACGGCGGCCCCAGCAGCAGCGUCGCUCGGUGCGGAGAUCCAGAUGCCCAAAAGAACAAUCAGCUCCAAACCGACACUCUCUGAUUUGGUGCAGUCCCAACAUAAACCUGCUCUGCAGGGGUCCACAUGCACCGAUGAUGCUGUGAUGAAUGGUAACGAGGAUAAGAUCAAUAAAAGUGUGGGCAUUAAUGCAGCUGGUAACGGUGGAACACGGCCUUCACUGCCCACUACAGCAAUGUACCAGUUAGACAUCGUGCUGAAAAGAGGAAACAACCUUGCCAUUCGAGACAGAGGCGGAACAAGUGACCCAUAUGUGAAGUUCAAAAUUGCUGGCAAAGAAGUUUUCCGCAGUAAAAUCGUCCACAAGAACCUGAACCCAGUUUGGGAUGAACGUGUUUGUCUGAUAGUGGACAAUUUACAAGAGCCUCUGUAUUUUAAGGUGUUUGACUAUGAUUUUGGCCUUCAAGAUGAUUUUAUGGGCUCAGCUUACCUGUACCUUGAUUCUCUGGAGCUCCAGAGACCUCUUGAUGUUCGGUUGGACCUUCAAGAUCCUCACUGCCCCGAUCAGGACCUGGGCUCUCUGGAGCUGGCAGUCACUCUGUUCCCAAGAAGCACAGAGGACAGAGAGGCCCUGCGACAAGCGCAGCAGCAGCAGAGUCUUCGGCUGUCGGACCUGCACAGAAAGUCUCAGCUGUGGAGGGGCAUUGUGAGCAUCAGACUCAUCGAGGGUCGCAACCUCAUGCCCAUGGACCAGAACGGUCUGAGCGACCCUUACGUCAAGUUCAAACUAGGCCCUCAGAAGUACAAGAGUAAGACAAUUCCCAAAACCCUUAACCCUCAGUGGAGGCAGCAGUUCGACUUGCAUCUGUAUGACGAGGAGGGAGGCAUUCUGGAGAUCUCCGUUUGGGAUAAAGACAUUGGAAGGAGAGAUGACUUUAUUGGCCAGUGUCAGCUGGACCUGUCAAAGUUGAGCAGAGAGAAGACACAUGAGCUGGAACUUGAGCUGGAGGAGGAUAAAGGGACACUGGUACUCCUGGUGACUCUGACCGCCACAGUAACAGUGUCCAUCUCUGACCUGUCUGUCAACCUACUGGACGACCCAGACGAACGCCAGCAGAUCAUUAAGAGAUAUAGUCCACUGAGGUCGUUCCUUAACCUGAAGGAUGUCGGAAUCGUGCAGGUGAAGAUCCUGCGAGCCGAGGAGCUGAUGGCUGCUGAUGUCACAGGAAAGAGCGACCCAUUCUGCAUUGCAGAGUUGUGUAACGACCGUCUGCAGACACACACGGUCUACAAGACACUGAAUCCUGAGUGGAAUAAAGUCUUCACCUUUAACGUGAAAGACAUUCACUCAGUGCUGGAGAUCUCCGUGUACGACAAGGACAGAGACCGCAGUGCUGAUUUCCUGGGUAAAGUGGCCAUCCCGUUAUUAAACAUCCACAACAGUGAACAGAAGGCCUACGUCUUAAAAAACAAGGAGCUGACAAGGCCAACAAAGGGGGUCAUCUUUCUCGAAGCAGACGUCAUCUUCAAUGCCGUGAAAGCCAGUUUGCGGACGUUCGUUCCACCAGAACAGAAGUACAUCGAAGAGGAGUCCAAAGUCUCUAAACAGAUGCUGCAGCAGAAUUUUAACCGAGUGAAGCGCUGCGUCCUCUUCCUCAUUAACGUGGGCUCCUACAUCCACAGCUGUUUUCAAUGGGAGUCCCCCCGCAGGAGUUUAUGUGCUUUCUUGAUCUUUGUGGUGGUGGUUUGGAAUUUUGAGAUCUACAUGGUUCCAUUGUCCCUGCUGCUGUUACUGACCUGGAAUUACUUCCUGCUGGCCUCGGGGACAGAGUCGCACGAGGGGAGCGUGGAAGCGAUGGAGGACCUUCUUGAGGAUGUGGAUGAAGAAUAUGACAAAGAUGACAAGGACUCUGAGAAAAGGGGCUUCUUGGACAAAUUCUACGCGGUUCAAGAUGUGAUCUUAACAGUUCAAAAUGCUCUGGAUGAAGUGGCCUGCUUUGGGGAAAGAGUGAAGAAUACGUUUAACUGGUCUGUGCCUUUUCUGAGCUGGUUAGCCAUAACGGUUCUAUGUGCCGGUGCCACACUAAUAUACUUUAUUCCACUACGAUACAUUGUGCUGGUCUGGGGUAUCAAUAAAUUCACCAAAAAACUUCGGAACCCCUAUAACAUUGAGAACAACGAGCUGCUGGACUUCCUGUCCAGAGUUCCAUCAGAUAUCCAGCUGAUUCAAUACAAAGAGCUCAAACCGGAGACUUCUCUGAGCCCAAGCAAGAAAAGGAAGAACAACCCCGGAUAGAUGCUGAACUGUGACUUUACAGUACAUUUCUAAAUUAACAGCCUCCAAAGCACUGUUCACGUACAAUACACUGUGAAUGUUGCAAAUUUUUAAAAAGAAAGAAAUAUUUCUAUUAUUAUUUAUGCAAAUUUGCACAACUAUAAUAGCUCAAAACCUAUACUUGUUCAUGUAAUAUCUUUUUAA